UUUUUGUCAUACAGUAAAUAUAACAACAACAGAUUCAUACACUGCUGUGUUUGCAAGCAGAGAUUUCGCAGUGGUCGUGCUGAUAUCACAAUCGCUCUCCUCCUGGUGCAUCUCGGGUUGAUGCAAGACACAUUGCAGCCGGGACUGGGGGGUGGGGCGCACACGGCUCGCACCGCUCUGCUGACACCGUUUAAGUUUUGCGGCAUCGUACUUAUGUGCGACUUUCACGUUGUUGGUAGACGAUUUCUUAAUUGUACUGGGAAGUGAACUGGGAAAAGAUAGUUUGAAUAUCCAUGUUAAUUGUCUUUUAAAUAUAAUUUACCUAGACAUCUAGAUAUUUUACAUCAGUUCGGAAACAUAAUACCAAGUGACAUAACGUGUAUUAAAGUUACUAAAAUAUUGUGAGAAGGUCGUAGGUGGGAACUAAAACAGAACAUAUGAUACGGAAGCAGAGGAUGUUUGGAAUUUCCCCUUUACAGAGACAGACAGGGUCAGGGAAGAGAUAGGACAGUAACAACACUUAAAACACAAGGAAGAAAAUUAGGUUGCCUGUCUGGUGUGAGAAAAAAACAAACUUUUUAAAUUCAUUGGUAAAAAUGGAAGCAUAUGAUAGGCUCAUUGUGGUUUUAGGGCUCAGGACAGCUGACUUGGGUUUAGAUUUUAUGAUCAGUAAUGGAUAAUCCAUCCUUUAAAACUAGCAUAAUUUCCUGUUCAUCUACAGUAUCACUGGGCAUGGUUUCCAAUGAAAGUCCUUUACCAGCAUUAUGGCUCCAGAUUUAAAAUAGAAAGGAUGGUGGAAAGCUGAAAUGAAGAGGGAGGGGUUGGCACUGGCAUUUAAAGUUUAGGUAAAGCAUACAUGCUAUGCUCCCUGCAAUAAGCAAGGCAAUUUAAUCUUUGUCAUCCUUGAACGUGAAUACCCAUCCAUUGUUUAAAAGAUUUUUUUUACGGGUUUCUAUUUACACACUGAAUGGAAUGCUGUGAAACUUGUGUAUUGAAUUGUGCUGGUCUCUGCCUCAAAAUCCUUACAGAGUGAGUCAUCUGUCCAGCUGACCUCUGGAACAAAAACAAGAAAAGUCUUAUGUACCAGUGGGAGACAGCACGGGCUGUCUCCCACACACAUGCGUCCGUGUGUACACAGUCAGGUGCAGGCUGGCACCGACCCUCAACACGAUCUUGCUUUGAUAUAUGUUGUAUUCUAGAGCACAGCAUAUAAGGAGGGUGAAUUUGAGAUUUCAUGUGACAGAUUGGUUUAAAUACCAAGAGCUUUACUCCUGCCCUUUUCCCAAGUGGCUUGGCAUUCCAGUGCAUCUGCACUCUGGAUUUGGAUUUGCUUUGUCCUUUGUAUGGUUCUUCAGUGUGUGUCAUUUAUUAGUGAACAUUGUACCAUACAGCUGCUUUAUCAACCCAUCAGCAGUGACUCAUCUCUCUGCUUUUGAUGACAGUCCCAGAAAGAAGGGCAGCUGUCUUCCGCUCUAACUUUGUCUUUUCAUCUGUGUGUUAUCUGAACAUUCCAGUAAAAUACAAGCCGUUUUUCCUGAUAUAGUGUUUCAGCCGUGUCGAUACAUAAAUGAGUUGUUCUCAUUGUCUUCCUUGUAUGUCAGAUACCUGACUUUUCUGGGACCUCAGCCAGACUUAUCUCCCUGUAUUUUUUUCUUCCAUUUGAGGUAACUUCAAACUGUGGAAUUUUAAUUUUUUUGGUGUUUAAUUUCACUGAUCAACAGAUCUCACUCUGCAGUUUUUAUGGUCUGCGAGGCUGUGAACUCUAAAGAGUGGGAACGCUGGUGGACUGACUUUUCUGUGCCCUGUGCUGCAGGAAAACAGUUUUGAUGUAUGUCAGCACCUGCUGAUAAGAAUGAGAAAGGUACACUGAUUACCAGGCUGGCUGUGGGAGGGUACCAAGAUCCAUGUUUAUAGGUGUAACAUGGUGGUGUUCUGUGAAUAGGGCUGGUGGGAAAGGCAGUAACAGCAGGGGUCAAACCAGCUGUACAGAACCAGAGUGAAGCGGAAUCUCGCUCAGCCCAAAAAGACACAAACCGGGGUGUUAGUUUGCUGGCUUUCGGUCCCACUUUUCUCGAAAGUCUUCCAUAUUUCCCUUCACUCCUUCUUUUUUUUUUUUUUUUUGAUCCACACAAAAGCAGCCCGACCGUCACGUGGCCUUUUGUCUGAACACAAUCGCCGGUGGUUCUCAUUGGCCGCUCCCUUUGAAAAAGCAUCCGUCUCCAAGGUGACAGAGAUCGGCGGCCCCGCUUCACUUCUUUCUCUCCACUCUUGUGCUGUCGCGCGCAGGCUCAUGUGUAUACUGCCGUGCGCAUAGCGGGACGCUUGCCACUGCUUUCUUUCUUCUUUUUCACUCAGUCAGGACCCAGCCGUUCAGAAGGUUGUGCCCGGUGCCAUGUGGAGGUGAGCGCGAUCGGAGCACCGUGUCGCACAUGGAGCUCAAGGUGUGGGUGGACGGCGUGGUGCGGGUGGUGUGCGGCCUGUCGCAGGAGACGUCCUGCCAGGAUGUGGUCAUCGCUCUGGCCCAGGCCAUUGGUCAGACGGGCCGCUACGUUCUGAUCCAGAAGCUGCGGGAAACGGAGCGGCAGUUGCUGGCCGAUGAGCGCCCACUGGAGGUACUGGCCAAACUGGGGCAGCACAGCAAGGAGGUGCAGUUCUUCCUGCGUCGCACAGGUCCCAGCAGCAGCGAGGUGCCCGGCCCGGACCGAGGUCCCACACUGCCCAAGCCACCCGAGCCAGAGACUCUACGGAAGCGGGAACCCAAGAAGUCGCUGACCUUCAAUCUGGGUCCUGCAAAUUCACCCCAGAGCAGACUGAAACAGAUUAAGAAGACGCCCAGAGACUUCCCGGAGGCUAGGGCUUCUCCCCCCCUGCCUGGGCCAGCCCCCAACCCUGGCCCUGUCCCUUCCAUUGGCACGUCCAAAGAGGAGGUGUUUCGGUUGAUAUUGCAACAGAAGGAAAAGCUGCAAGCUCUGGAUGUGCAGCUGGAGACUGUAGAGGAGAGGGUGCGAGAAUGGGAUAGGGCCCCGGGGCCAGGGCCCCAGCAGGACAAGUUGGAGCAGCUGGAGGAGCAGGCGCGGCGCAACCAGGCGGAGCUGGCCCAAGAGGCCGCCUGGGAGGAGGAACUGCGUGCGGAGGCGGAGCGGGAGCAAGGGCUGCGGCGCCGUCUGGCUGAGCUGCACGCCUCGCUAGACGACUGCGGCCGCAGGCUGAACAACUGCACCACCCACUCUGCGCAGCUGGAGCGUGAGAUUCAGCAGGAGGCGCACUGGGAGGAGUCGUCGCUGGACACCGUGAGGGCGGAGCUACAGAGCCAGCAGCAUCAGGGGGUGGAGCUGGAGGCCUCGCUGACGGAGGCAGAGAAAACACUGGGGCGGGUAGAGACUCUGCUGCAGGCCAAAAAGGAGGAGAUAGACGAGCUGAACAAGGAGCUCCGCCAAUGCAACCUGCAGCAGUUCAUCCAGCAGACCGGAGUUCCCCCCACCCCGCCGAAUUCGUGCGCGGACCCCCUGGAACUGAUGGAGCAGGCCAAGCUGCAGCAGGAUGGAUACAGCAAUGGUGAGUCACUGUCUCGCCCCACUGCCAAGCACUUCCUGGGACACCCGCGAAACCUGCAGAACCCUGCGGUGUCCAGCUUGAACCCCGAGGUCCUGACAUCCAGGGAGUCGUCAUGGAGAUAGAACACAGACCACAGCCCUGGGAAGUUGGUCACUGUAAAUUUUAUUCCUUCCUAAAUGUUCAGCUUGUUCUAAUUGUUGUUCUAAUUAUAACAAACGUUAUUAAUUCUAUAUAUAUAUAUAUAUAUAUAUAUUUGCAGAAUUUUGUUACAUUUUGGAGUAUAUAUUUACUGUAAAAUACUUUAUGAUUUUUAUGAUAUACCUUCAGUGUAUAUAAUAAAGUUGAAUGAUUGAGUUUCA